CACAAAGUCCGUCCAGUCUAAGUUACUGUACCCGCUCCUUCUUCAGGAAAAGUUGCGCUGUUGUGUCGGUGUUUUGCGCAGCGCUGCGUUCCGCGCAGACCAUCCGGACGCCUCCACCAGGGCCUCCAUCAGGGCCUCCACCAGGUCCUUCACUACGCUUCAUCAUGCGUUUCAGCCACGCCACCCAUCUGCUGCUCUCCCUGUUCUGCGUCGGAGUGUCGGCCCACUCCGAGCUGGACACGGAUGAAGUGACCCCCAGGCUGCUGUCCGGACUGAACGCGCACCUGUCCCGCGACCACACUGUGCGCACACUGCGGCACCGCGGACACGACUCCGCGGGCGCCCCGGGAGGAGGAGGAGGAGGAGGAGGAGGAGGAGGAGGAGGAGGACGACGACACUCUGACCCGGAUAACAUCCUCCUGUCACUGGUCGCCUUCGGACGGACGCUUGUGCUGAACGUGUCGCGGGACUCGUCGUUCCUGUCUCGGGGCUUCAUUGUGGAGCAGCGGCGCCGGGACCAGGACGCACCGGAGGUCCGCGGAGCCGCGGACCGGCUGUGCUUCUACUCCGGCUCCGUCCUCAACCACUCCGCCUCCUUGGCGUCUCUGAGCACCUGCGGAGGUCUGACGGGGCUGAUCCACAUCGGGGAGGACGUGUUCUUCAUCCGCCCUGUUGGAGUUAAUGAUCCGUCACUUUCCUUCUCCGGCCUCAAACACCAUCUGCAGCGACACCGACGCUCCACCAUGAGUAGCAGCGACACCCCCCAUCCUAACCAUCCACGCCCAGACCAUCCACAUCCUGGAUCCUGUGGGACUCGACCAGGGAAGAAGAAGGACAGGGGGUGUAAAGGUGAGGAAGGUCGUGGGAAAAGAAACUCCAUCCGCCUCCAGGAGGCGUACACGGUGGAGACGGUGGUGGUGGCUGACUCUAACAUGGUCCAGUACCACGGCGCUGAGGCAGCCCAGAGGUUCCUCCUCACCGUCAUGAACAUGGUCUACAACAUGUUCCACCACCAGAGUCUUGGAACCAGGAUCAACAUACGAGUCACUAAGCUGGUUUUGCUUCACAGCCGCCCAGAGAAGCUGAAGGUGGGUCAUCAUGGGGAGAGGUCUCUGGAGAGCUUCUGUCAGUGGCAGUUCCAGGAGUUCUGGGGGUCCCGGUACCUGGGCACCAACCAUGUCCCCGGCGGAAGGGACGACGUCCCCCCAGUGGACACCGCUGUGCUGGUCACCAGGACAGACUUCUGCGUUCAUAAAGACGAACCCUGUGACACCGUGGGCAUCGCUUACCUGGGCGGAGCCUGCAGUGCCAAGAGGAAGUGUGUGUUAGCAGAAGACAACGGGCUGAACCUGGCCUUCACCAUCGCUCAUGAGCUCGGACACAAUAUGGGAAUGAGUCACGAUGACGACCACGCCUCCUGCACUGGCCACUCCCACAUCAUGUCUGGUGAAUGGGUGAAGGGCAGAAACCCCAGCGACCUGUCGUGGUCGUCCUGCAGUAGGGAUGACCUGGAGAACUUCCUCAGGUCCAAAGCCAGUGCAUGCCUUCUUCACACGGACCCGAGGAGCCGGUACCAGGUCCGCCUGCCGCCAAAGCUUCCUGGGAUGCACUACAGUGUGGACGAACAGUGUCAGAUCCUGUUUGGAACCAACACCACGUUCUGCAACGACAUGGAGCACCUCAUGUGUGCUGGUCUGUGGUGUUUGGUGGACGGAGACACUUCCUGUAAGACCAAACUGGACCCACCUCUCGACGGGACCGAAUGUGGUGCAGACAAGUGGUGCAGGGCCGGGGAGUGCGUCAGUAAAACCCCUAUCCCUCAACAUGUGGAUGGGGACUGGAGUCCAUGGAGCCAAUGGAGCAUGUGCAGUCGGACCUGUGGGACUGGAGUUCAGUUCCGACAGAGGAAAUGUGACAACCCACCUCCUGGUCCUGGGGGGCGACACUGUCAGAGGGCCAGUGUGGAGCACAAGGCCUGUGAAGGGCCUCCAUGUCCUAAAGGGGUCCCCAGCUUCAGAGACCUGCAGUGUCUGUCCUAUGAUCGCCACGGCGCCCAGAUGAAGGGCAGCAUGUUGAUCGCCAUCAUCAAUGACGAGAAGCCAUGCAUGUUGUUCUGCAGUCCAGUGGGUCGAGAUGUCCCGGUUCUGAUGUCCGAGCGGGUGAUGGACGGGACACCCUGUGGUCCAUACGAGGCCGACCUCUGCGUCAACGGCAGGUGUCAGAAAAUCGGCUGUGACGGCAUCAUCGGCUCUUUGGCCAAAGAGGACCGCUGUGGUGUUUGUAAUGGAGACGGACGGUCCUGUCGGGUCGUUAGAGGAGACUUCAACCACAGCAGAGGAAUGGGUUACAUCGAGGCCGUGGUCAUCCCUGCAGGAGCUCGGAGAAUCAAAGUCGUAGAGGACAAACCGUCACACAGCUUUCUGGCACUGAAAGACUCCAGUAAGAGGUCCAUCAACAGCGACUGGAAGAUUGAGCUUCCUGGGGAGUUUGAGCUGGCGGGGACCAUAGUGCGCUACGUCCGGAGGGGAUUAUGGGAGAAGAUGUCAGCCAAGGGACCCACCAACACCCCCUUACACCUGAUGGUUCUUCUCUUCCAUGACCAAAGCUAUGGGAUCCAUUAUGAGUACACUGUGUCCCUGAACACAACUCAGCACCAGAGCAGUGAGGAGAACAAAGAACCAGAACAUCUGUACAUCUGGACACACAGCAGCUGGCAGGACUGUAGCGUCCAGUGUGGAGGAGGUGAGAGGAGGACGGUGGUUUCCUGUAUGAAGAUCGCCAAUAAGACCAUGGAGGUGAUGAAUGACAGCCACUGCCAACCCGAGAACAGACCACACCCUCAAGUACGAACCUGCAACUCCCACCCCUGCCAGUACCGGUGGGUGACUGGUGGGUGGGGCUCCUGCUCUGUUACCUGUGGUAAAGGUGUUCAGCAGAGGGAGGUGGGCUGUGUCUACCAGCUGCAGAACGGAACCCUCAUCCACACCAGAGACCUGUACUGCCAAGGAGGGAAACCACCCCCCAUCCAGGGCUGUGAGGGUCACCUCUGCCUCACAGUGUGGGAGGCGUCUGAGUGGUCAGCGUGUUCUUCAGACUGUGGUCAAGGCGUCCGCAGACGAAGCGUGUCCUGCUCAAACCCCCAGGGUCUCUGUGACCCUCUGGUUCAACCCCCCCAGGAGGAACCCUGUGAGGAUCACUCCAGGUGUAACGAGUGGAAGACUGGAGACUGGUCCAAAUGUUCCGCGUCCUGUGGGAAGGGUCUGCAGUCCCGGGUGGUCCAGUGCAUGCACAAAGUGACCGGUCGUCAUGGUAAUGACUGCCCUGUGAUGCUGAGACCGCCGACCUACAGAUCAUGUCACCAGGGAACCUGCAACGAGAAAGUCAAUGUGAACACCAUCACCUCCCCCCGGCUAGCUGCUCUGACCUACAAAUGCACGGGAGACCAGUGGACCGUGUACUGCACCGUGAUCCGACAGAAGAACCUGUGUCAGGACAUGAGGUGGUACCAGCGCUGCUGUCAGACCUGUAGGGACUUUUACGCCAAGAAAACACUGCACACGAGCUAACGCCCAAACGGACCGACCUCCUUCACAUACUGAUGGGUUCUACCUGGGUUCAUACUGUUCUGGUUUAACUGAUGACACUUUGUUUUUGCAGAUGAAUGUGUGCGUGUUCAGGUUCAGUUGGCUCAGAAGACUUGAACUUGUCCAGAACAUCUACAUCACAGGUGUCAAACAUAUGACCCGUGGGCCAAAACCGGCCCGCCAAGGGGUCCAGUCCGACUGGGGGAGGAGUUUAUGAAAUGCAAAAAUUAUACAGAGGAUAUUAACGAUCAUGAUGUUAACAUCAUUUUAGUUCAGGGGCCACUUACAGACUGAUAUGAUCACUGGUUUUCACUGUUUUCUUUUUACUGUUUUUUAUUAAUUUUUACUGGUUCUUACUGUUUUUUACUGGAUUUCACUAGUUUUUA